AUGGCCAGUUUGGUUAAGUACAUUUUACCCUCCGCGCUCGGUCCCGGUCCGGUACCGGUACGACUAGCGACCAGCGACCAGCGACCAGCGACCAGCGACCAGCGACCAGCGACCAGCGACCAGCGACCAGCGACCAGCGACCAGCGACCAGCGACCAGCGACCAGCGACCAGCGACCAGCGACCAGCGACCAGCGACCAGCGACCAGCGACCAGCGACUAGCGACCAGCGACCAGCGACCAGCGACCAGCGACCAGCGACCAGCGACCAGCGACCAGCGACCAGCGACCAGCGACCAGCGACCAGCGACCAGCGACCAGCGACCAGCGACCAGCGACCAGCGACCAGCGACCAGCGACCAGCGACCAGCGACCAGCGACCAGCGACCAGCGACCAGCGACCAGCGACCAGCGACCAGCGACCAGCGACCAGCGACCAGCGACCAGCGACCAGCGACCAGCGACCAGCGACCAGCGACCAGCGACCAGCGACCAGCGACCAGCGACCAGCGACCAGCGACCAGCGACCAGCGACCAGAAACUAG